GUAACUGAAAAGUAAAGUUUUACUUUCCUGUGUGGGACAUCAUCUGCUGUCUAGUCGGCAACAGAGGAAGAGUAUAUUUUCAGUUUUGAAAAAUAAAUGGAGAGGAAAAGAUCUGCGGAAGGGGAAGACCAAGAAGGCUGUGGAUUAAGGAAAAGAUGGAAGGCUGAAUAUAAUGAACCUUCUGAUGAUGAAGACGAGAAGGAGGAGGAGGAUCAAAAAACUUGGAGGACAGAAGGAAAACAGCUUUUGCCUGUAAUCUGUGGAACCACAGAGGGCAUCCUUGAUUGUGAGAAGCUGGAACAAGGUAAGGCGUGUAUUGUGUAUGAAGGCAAAUGGUGUAAGCCCUCUAGGUUUGAGAAACUUGCAGGGAAAAGAUUGUGUAAAAAAUGGAAAGCAACUAUUUUCUAUGAUGAUCAACCUCUGGAGUAUUGGAUUAAGAAACGUUACCUAAAAACUAAGGGAUACAGAAAAGGAAGAUCCAAGACUAGAACGGAAAUACAAUCAUCCAACUCUGAAGAAACUGAAGAUGAUAAUGCUGAAGAGAGGACAACAAAACAUACAAUUUCAACAGCAAUGAAACAUCUAUUCAGGGGAAAGAACUAA